AUGGCAAGCAGCGCGGGGAAGACGCACGAGCCGGUGCUCAAGCAGCCCGUCAAGCUCGCCUGCAUCCAACUGGCCAGCGGCGCCGACAAGGCCGCCAACCUGUCCCACGCCCGCGACAAGGUGGUCGAGGCCUCGCGCGCGGGUGCAAAGAUCAUUCUGCUGCCCGAGUGCUUCAACUCGCCCUACGGCUGCGACUACUUCCCCUCGUACGCCGAGACCCUGCUCCCCUCCCCGCCGACCCGGGAGCAGAGCCCGAGCUACCAUGCCCUGUCCGAGAUGGCCAAGGAGACGGGCGCCUACCUCAUCGCCGGCUCCAUCCCGGAGCUGGUCGAGGGGGACGGCGAGGACAACAAGUACUACAACACGGCCCUCGUCUUCUCGCCGUCGGGCGACCUGCUGGCCACGCACCGCAAGGUCCACCUCUUCGACAUCGACAUACCGGGCAAGAUCACGUUUCGCGAGUCGGACGUGCUGUCGCCCGGCAACAAAGUGACCAUUGUGGACCUGCCCCCCUACGGCAAGGUCGGCGUGGCCAUCUGCUACGACAUACGGUUCCCGGAGCUGGCCACCAUCGCGGCGCGCAGGGGCGCCUUUGCCCUGCUCUACCCGGGCGCCUUCAACAUGACGACCGGUCCGCUGCACUGGGAGCUGCUGGCCCGCGCCAGGGCCGUCGACAACCAGCUCUACGUCGCCCUCUGCAGCCCGGCCAGGGACCUGAAUGCCUCGUACCACGCCUGGGGCCACAGCCUCGUCGCCGACCCCAUGGCCGAGGUCCUGAGCCAGGCCGACGACGCCGAGACCAUCGUCUACGCCGACCUGGACCCCGAGGCUAUAGAAGGGCCCCGCACGAGGAUCCCUCUCAGGGACCAGAGGAGGUUCGAUGUCUAUCCGGAUAUCAGCCAGCCGAGAGCCUGA